CUCUUAAACCGGAAGUGUUAGGAGCCAGCGAGGGUAGUUUAGUGUACUAGCCGCAUGCAAGAUGGUGGCCACCAGACGAGGAGUCACCGUGUCCACCCCAAUGAAAGUAAACCCCGACCAGUCCGCUGAUGUCCCGGCCACUCCUUCCACUAGUCGGAGAACCAGGCGCACUGUCGGGGAGAAACAUGCAGAAAGUCCGACCCAAAGCCUCCCUGAGGAAACCAGCAGCCAGCUGGAAAAAAACAAGGGACCACUCAAUCCAUCGCCACCUACGUCCCUGUUAAAAAGAUGCACAAGGGCCGCCAGACUGCACAGUCCAGAGCAGACGUGCACACCGGUGGAAAUGUCGGACGUGGACUCGGUCUGCUCUGUGAUGUCUGACGCCGAACUACCAAUGACGCGCACCAGGGGGAGGAGGAGACUACAGCCUCAGCUGGUAAGUCAGGAAGAUGAUGAUGUCUCCGAGGUGGAAUCGUGCUCUUCCGCGGUGUCAAACACGGGUGUCCGCAGGAGCACACGGAGGAAGGUGAUUCCUAGACGCCUCGCUGAGGUCGGCGACUCUGUGUCCCAGAGAGUCACCAGGAGUCUCAGAAAAACGGCACGCGACAGAUCAUCUGCCAUGCGGCAAACCGAAGACGUGGAGCUCUCGGACGCCGACAGCUGCGUGUCCAGCGUCUCGGGAGCUGAAACCUCCAAGUCCACCGCUCGCAGAGCGACGAGAUCCAGAAGGCAAACCGGGCCGAUCCCCGCCUACCUGGACGAAACCUCGGAUGCCCCUCAAUCACCGGCCUCGAGAGCUCGACUGAGCCGGGCAGCUAAAGCGAGUGCCGCGGCUGCCGCAAACGUAGAGUACCAAUCCUGCGACUCCGAGGGGUUCGAGUCGGGGCCCCAUUACAGCCGGAGGACUCGCGGGCAGAGAAAGACCGAAUCGACCCGUCCCGGAAAUGUGGACUCUGACUCCGAGACGACCGACAGCCGUUCCCAGGCGGGCACCACGAGUCACAUGACUCGGGCCACCAGGCGCUCACUCAUGGACUGUAGUAUUAUUUUAGAUAAAGCUGAGGUCAGUUCAAUCAAUGAUGCCACAUUAGAAAGUACAGCGAUCCUGGAGGAAGCAGACUGCACGCUGGUGGAAGCGAACCAAACCCUGGAGGAAGGCCGGAUUUGUACUGAUCUCACACCAACUGAGGCAGCUGCAACAAGUGCGGAAGGGGGAGUAAUUCUCGUUUCCGAAGACGAAUCCCCCAAUGUGACCCUCAAGAUAUCAGACAGUCCGGCUCGUGCCGCGGAAGCUCUAAUUAAACCCGCAGUGACCGACGGACACCAACAGGAGGAGCCGUGUGCUCUGAAUGGAGACUGGGAAGUCUCCGAGAAGAUGACAAUGCAGGACGCAAUCCAGCCCGUAAAGACGGGGAAACCUCUCCAAUCCGCUACGGUAACACUGUGUGAAAGCGCUUUUGUAAUCCCAGAGGAGACUGAAGAGAUGGAUGAAGCCAUGGAAGUUGCUGAUGCGGAAGCCCGCGCGCCACAGGGAGACGAGGUGGCUGUGAAAACUGGGCCCAGCGAGGAGGAAAACCCAGCUGGAUCCAACACGGCGCAAGUUGAGUCCAUUCAGGUGCCGUCCAGCCAGCGCCGGAGCAUCACCGUGGAUUCUGACCCGGGACGGAAACCGAAAGACGUCGUGGUUGUCGAGAAUACAAAAAUCAUCAGCCUGCUGGACAGCGACGAGGAUGAGGAAUCUGAAGAUGAGGAGGUUGACGGUUCUUGGGAGGAGGAAGAGGAGCGAGCAAGAGCUUCCCACAAGUGUGGAGCAGCAGCAGCUUCGUCCUCUUGUGGGCUGUUUAUGAUCGACACGCGGCCCGGGCAGGAGGUGGAUGAGCAGUACUACGAGAAGCCAACCGAGGUGGAGCAGGAGGGGCAAGAUGAGGAGUUUGUUGAUGAGGAGGGGGACGACGACGAUGAUGAAGAUGCACAAUUCCUUUUCUCAAGUAGAAAUCCUCUGUUGAAGGGGAUGUCCAGCCGCAUCGACCCUGGCAUCAGACUGAAGGAGCUCGGGGGCUUGUACAUCAGUUUGGACGGCAGCCAGUCAAAGCCUGUUUCCAGCUCGCUGCGAAAACGGAAGGUCCCGGAUGUGGUGAUGAAGAAGAGCGUGAUGGGACCAGACUUUGAGAAGAAGGACGCAGUGCCUCCGUACAGUGAAUCUAAAAACGCCGUGAAGUUGAAGAACCGGACGGAGAGGGAGAAGUCAACCGGAGAUGGUUGGUUUAAUAUGAAAGCCCCCGAGAUGACCAAAGAGCUGAAAAUGGACCUCAAAGUCCUGAAGAUGAGAGGCUCCUUGGAUCCAAAGAGGUUCUACAAGAAGAACGACCGAGACGGCUUUCCCAAAUAUUUUCAGGUUGGUACGGUGGAGGACAGCCCGGUCGACUUCUAUCACUCCCGUCUUCCCAAGAAGCAGAGGAAGAGAACGAUGGUGGAGGAGCUUCUCGCCGACGCUCAGUUCAGACAGAGCAACAAACUGAAGUACCAGCACAUUAUGAUGGAAAGAGCGGCACAAGGAGGUGGCAAGAAGAGGAACAACAACAACAACAAGAAGAAGAAUAAAUCCCGUAAGAAAUAGAUCCGAGGACACAAUGUUUGGUUAUGGACGAUAAACAGUCAGUGCUUUUGUAAGACUGUAAAUGCUUGUAUGCAACUGAAACCUUUUUAAUGAAAUGGGGUUUAAUAUUCCAAACAUGCAGCUGCAUAAUCAUAGUCUUUCUAAAUAUACGUGCAUCAUAUGAACAUUAAAAUAUGUCUUGACUGGCACCAGUGACAGUAAA